AUGGUAUUUUAUUUUACAAGUAACGUAGUUUCGCCACCGGUAACAUUGUUCAUGGGUGCGGAUAAACAUGAAAAUGAAGAUUUGAUUAAAUGGGGAUGGCCAGAAGAUGUUUGGUUCCAUGUGGAUAAAGUAUCAUCUGCUCAUGUUUACCUUCGCUUAGCACCUGGACAAACCAUAGAUGAUAUACCAAAUUUAGUUUUGGAUGAUGCAUGUCAAUUGGUUAAGGCUAAUUCUAUAUUAGGCAAUAAAAUGAAUGACAUAGAUAUUGUAUAUACUAUGUGGUCAAACCUGAAAAAAACUCCUAGCAUGGAGGCUGGGCAAGUGGCAUUUCAUAAAGAUAAGGAUGUAAGAAAAGUUAGAGUUGCUAAAAGAUGUAAUGAAAUUGUAAAUAGACUGCAAAAGACUAAAAAAGAAGCAUUUCCUGAUCUAAGACAAGAAAGAGAAAAUAGAGAUAGAUUAGAAAGAGAGGAUAAAAAGAAAUUACUUAGAGAGAAAAAAGAAAAGGAAAAAGAAGAAGAAAAACGUAAAAAGGAAGAGGCAGAACUAAGAAGUUAUGCUACUUUGAUGAAAGCAGAAAAUAUGACAACUAACUAUGAUGGCAAUGAUUCUGAUGAAUUUAUGUAA